CUCGAACCUUCUGCUCAAUGCCAGUUUACCCAGAGUGCACUGCUCCUUUCCCUUCCUUUCUUCUUGGUUGUGUGGUGGUCCAAAAUGUCGCUAUUAGAUGGUCCAUUAAAUGUGCUCGGCCAGAGAACAUCUGGCGAAUAUAUUCGUAGUCAAAAUGUCAUGGCCGCAGCAUCCAUCGCCAACAUCGUCAAGAGCUCCCUCGGACCCGUUGGCCUCGACAAGAUGUUGGUGGACGACAUUGGGGACGUGACCAUCACCAACGAUGGAGCAACCAUCCUGAAGCUGCUGGAAGUGGAGCACCCAGCUGCUAAGGUCUUGUGUGAACUGGCUGAACUGCAGGACAAGGAGGUCGGAGAUGGGACCACGUCUGUGGUAAUUCUUGCUGCAGAAUUUCUUAAGAGUGCAGAUGAGCUGGUGAAGCAGAGGAUUCACCCCACGUCAGUCAUCAGUGGAUACCGUCUGGCUUGCAAGGAGGCUGUUCGCUACAUUAACGAGAAUCUCACUAUCGGAACAGAUGAGCUGGGCAGAGAGUGCUUAAUCAAUGCAGCCAAGACUUCCAUGUCCUCCAAAAUCAUUGGAGUUGAUUCAGACUUCUUUGCUAACAUAGUGGUGGAUGCUGCUAUGGCUGUGAAAUUUGUGGACAACAAGGGGGUAGCCAGAUAUCCCAUCAACUCUGUCAAUGUGCUGAAAGCCCAUGGCCGCAGCCAGAAAGAGAGCUUCUUGGUUAACGGAUAUGCACUGAACUGCACAGUUGGCUCACAAGGCAUGGUAAAGCGCAUCGUUAACGCCAAGAUUGCUUGCUUGGACUUCAGCCUGCAGAAGACCAAGAUGAAGAUGGGAGUACAAGUCAUUAUCAACGAUCCAGAGAAGCUUGACCAGAUCAGACAAAGAGAAUCUGAUAUCACCAAGGAGAGGAUCCAAAAGAUUUUGGCAUCAGGCGCCAACGUUAUCCUGACCACCGGAGGCAUUGAUGAUAUGUGUCUUAAGUACUUUGUGGACGUAGGAGCCAUGGCAGUGAGAAGGGUUCUCAAGAAGGACCUCAAACGCAUUGCCAAGGCAACAGGAGCCACCAUGUGCCCUUCUUUGACCAAUCUGGAGGGAGAGGAGACGUUUGAGGCCACAAUGCUCGGCCAGGCUGAGGAGGUUGUGCAGGAACGCAUCUGUGAUGACGAGCUCAUCCUUGUUAAGAAUACCAAAGCACGCACAUCAGCAUCCAUCAUUUUGCGCGGGGCCAACGACUUCAUGUGUGACGAGAUGGAGCGCUCCAUGCAUGAUGCCCUCUGUGUGGUCAAGAGGGUGCUAGAGUCAAAGUCUGUAGUUCCAGGAGGAGGCGCUGUGGAGGCAGCGCUGUCAAUCUACCUUGAGAAUUACGCUACCAGCAUGGGUUCCCGAGAGCAGUUGGCUAUUGCAGAGUUUGCUCGGUCUCUCCUCGUCAUCCCUAAGACGCUGGCUGUGAACGCAGCACAGGACUCCACUGAUCUGGUGGCGAAGCUAAGGGCCUUCCACAAUGAGGCUCAGGUUAAUCCUGAACGCAAGAAUCUCAAGUGGAUUGGUCUGGACCUGGUGAACGGCAAGCCUAGAGACAACCGUCAGGCGGGCGUGUACGAGCCCACCAUGGUCAAAACAAAGAGCCUCAAGUUUGCCACAGAGGCUGCCAUCACCAUCCUCCGUAUUGACGACCUCAUCAAACUGUUCCCAGAGCAGAAGGAGGGCGGGCAGUCGUACCAGGAUGCCGUGCAAUCGGGAUCUCUGGAUGGUUAAAAGGCUACGAUUGGUCCAAAUAGGUUCAUUGUCUGUAUUUAUACAUAAGGAGCUCUUUAUGGCUGUUGCUGUAGUUGUAGGCUGUGCACUUUGCCUGUUUACUGUUCUCCCACUCCCUCUGGGCUCUCCUCUCCAGAGGAACUGUAAGCGAUUAGUUGUUUGUUUUUUUUUGGACACUUAAUAAAGCUCCAAUGGUUGGAAAUGGACGUUGAUUGGUUCAUUGUCUGUUAGGAUUGUGACAAUAAAUCGAUACGGCAAUAUCAUAUAUUUUUCCAUGAUACUGUAUCGAUAUUCCAGCUCAUCAAAUGGCUAAAUAAUAAAAUAGCUCUUCAACGGUUAGCUCAUUGCUAACAUAAUGGGAAUCUCCAUUAAUAUGCUAAAUGACAUUAGCGUUGCGAUCACGAAAAUACAAUUGACAAACUACACUUUUUGCUUCACAUGCAAACAUCCAUAGUUGACACUGUGCAAAUGCUUAAAGUACAUGUUUCCUGAGCUCUGUGUGAAAUAAAGAGCUGCUAACUUCA